AUGUCCUUCGAAAUGAACUCCAGCGUUCAGGGUACCCAACACUGUCCAUUGGUCAAUUGCACCGAUGACCAAAUGGCCAGAAGUCCCGAGUUCAAAAUGACCAUGCCGUUGCAUGUUACAGCGGAGCAUCACCUGUUAUUUCGGUUCUAUCAUGUCAGCGUUGAUGCUGCCGGCAGUCUCACGAUGCGUGACAAACCGUUGGGCAAGAAGCCGAUGGAAUCGAGCACUGGCUAUGCUUGGCUUCCGCUGCUUGGGCCAAAUGGAAAGUAA